AUGCAUGUGGGCAAGCUUCAUGCCCGUCUGUACAAGACGGAUCGUGCUCGCGACUUUGAUCAUGAGCAGGAUCGAGUGGUGCGAAUGCGACAAAUCUAUGAGACGAUCGACCGGCAAGGAUAUCAAUGGAUUGUCGUUCUCGUCGCUGGUCUGGGCUUUUUCCUCGACGGUUAUACACUCUUUGCAAGUAACAUGGCCCUGCCCAUGAUCUCCUACGUCUAUUGGAACAACGAAAUCUCCUCGCUUCGACUCACAUGCAUCAAUAUCGCCACUCUGGCGGGCACCUUGCUCGGCAUGGUCAUGUUCGGCUUUCUCGCAGAUAAGAAUGGGCGCAAGAAAAUGUACGGCGUUGAACUGGUGCUUCUUAUUACAGCAACGCUCGGCGUCGUGAUGUCCUCGGAGGGAGUCAACAAGAGCAUGAACGUAUAUGCGUGGCUUAUCUGGUGGAGAAUCUGUGUCGGCAUUGGCGUGGGUGCGGACUAUCCUUUGAGUGCAGUCAUUACCUCCGAAUUCGCUCCGACCAAGCACCGCGCUCGGAUGAUGGCCAGUGUCUUCUUCGCGCAACCCCUCGGUCAGAUCGCUGGGAAUCUCGUAUCCAUCGUCGUCAUUGCCAUCGGGCGCAGCAGCAAUGACGCCGAUAUCGUCGGUCGGGUGGACAAAAGCCCGCGUUUUCUGGUCGAUAUCGAAGACGACCCGGUGACCGCCGAGUUCGACGCAACGACACUCUUUAGCGAGCCUCCUUCAAGCCCGGGGUUUGAGAUGGGGGGGUUUGGAACAUUGACUACUAUCACUGGCAGCGGGAUGCAUGUACCGCCCGUUUCUUCGCUACGGAGCAAUUCGAUCAUUGAUGAUGAUGAGUUUGGUUCCUUGCCCCCAGCAACUCUGAACUCCCACUGGCGCCUGGCACGCACCGAUAUCAUGAGAUAUUUCUGGACCGAGGGGAACUGGCGUAGCUUGGUUGCGACCUCUGUCGCUUGGCUACUGAUGGAUUUUGGUUUCUAUGGCAUCAGUUUGGCAAGUCCGCAGUUCCUUGCUCGCACUUGGGGCCAGCUCCAAAUCUCCAAGCCGGAGCCAUACUGGAAGAUUUCGGAAGACCCGAACUUCUCUGUCUUCCAGGGAUUCUUUGAUACUUCGGUUCGCGCCUUGGUCAUUUUGAACAUUGGUAGUUUCGCAGGUGGUCUCCUGUUCAUCAUCUUUGCUCAUCGCAUUGACCGGGUCGCUUUGCAGAAGUACAUGUUUCUCCUCCUGGCAGUGCUCUUCAUCGUCCUGGGAAGUAUGUUCGUCUGCUUGAUUGACAGUCCACCUGCAGCGGUUGCCCUAUACAUCUUGGGUCAAAUCAUGUUCAACUUCGGCCCCAACGCAACCACAUAUAUGAUCCCAGCGGAGAUCUUCCCUACUCGCUACCGAGCCACGUGCUAUGGUAUUGCUGCUGGCUCCGGCAAGCUUGGCUCGAUUCUUGUUCAGAUCUUCUCGACGUACUACAAGUUUGGAGGUGGCCUGGGCAAUAUCUCCACUCGUCACCACGGCAUUGUGCUGUUUGUUUUCAGCAUCUGUAUGGUCAUUGGUGCUGUCGUGACACACUUCUGGAUCCCCUCGCUUCAACAAGGGAAGGGACGCAACCUCAUCUGGGGCGGAAAGCCCUACACUCUCGAAGUCAUGGCCCUUGGUCGGAUGGGCCACAAAAGUCGAGAGGCCGGGCCGGGGCCUCGGAAGAGGACAUCUCGACAGCGCACUAUGUCUGUCAGCUAG